UGAUACCAUAGAACAUUCGAGAACCCCUUCGACACGCCAAUAACCCACCAGAACUCUCUCGGCCCCCUCGCCUCUCUUAUAAGCCUUUCCUCUUCAUUCUUUCCCAACCCCAAAAAUUUGCAGUUCAAUACCUACUCAAAUCGUCUCUCUUCUCUCUCUCUCUCUCUGGUUCUUUCACUGAAUUUCUUAGGGAUUCGUUUUUAAUGGCCGACGAAGCAAAAGCCAAAGGCAACGCCGCGUUCUCCGCCGGAGAUUUCACCGGCGCCAUCACUCACUUCUCUGAGGCCAUCGCUCUUUCUCCGACUAACCACGUUCUCUUCUCCAACCGAUCUGCGGCCUAUGCUUCUCUCCACAAAUACGCCGAUGCCUUAGCCGACGCUAAGAAGACCGUCGAGCUCAAACCCGACUGGCCCAAAGGCUAUAGCCGCCUUGGAGCUGCUCACGUCGGCUUAGGCAACUAUGAAGAAGCUAUCUCUGCUUAUAAGAAGGGGCUCGAGUUCGACCCCAAUAAUGAAGCCCUUAAGUCUGGCUUAGCCGACGCACAGUCGUCGGCUUCCAGGCACCGAGCAGCGCCACCGAGUCCAUUCGGUGACGCUUUCUCGGGACCCGAGAUGUGGGCUAAGCUCACCGCUGAUCCGACGACCAGAGGUUAUCUGCAGCAACCAGAUUUCGUGAAGAUGAUGAAUGAUAUUCAGAAGAAUCCCAACAAUCUCAAUUUAUAUCUCAAGGAUCAGAGAGUGAUGCAAGCUUUUGGGGUUUUACUGAACGUGAAGCUCCGGGCUCCGACUGGGGAUGACACGGAGAUGCCUGAUUCUUCCCCUUCCCCGCCACCACAACAGCCGGAGAGGAAACGAGCGGCGGAGGCCGAGCCGCCGAAGGAGCCUGAGCCGGAGCCUGAAACAAUGCAACUAAGUGAGGAGGAGAAGGAGGUUAGGGAGAGGAAGGCUCAGGCUCUGAAGGAGAAGGAAGCAGGCAAUGCUGCUUAUAAGAAGAAAGACUUUGACGCUGCUAUUCAGCAUUAUACCAAAGCAAUGGAGUUGGACGACGAGGAAAUUUCCUAUAUCAUGAACAGGGCUGCCACUUACUUGGAGAUGGGACAGUAUGAGGAUAGUAUUAAAGACUGUGAAAAGGCUGUUGAAAGAGGAAGAGAGCUUAGAUCUGACUUCAAGAUGAUAGCAAAAGCUUUGACGAGGAAGGGAACUGCCUUGGCGAAACAGGCAAAAACCUCAAAGGACUAUGAGCUUGUUAUUGAGACCUUCCAGAAAGCUCUUACAGAGCAUCGGAAUCCAGAAACAUUAAAGAAAUUAAAUGAUGCUGAGAAAGCAAAGAAGGAGCUAGAGCAACAGGAAUAUUUUGAUCCAAAGUUGGCUGAGGAAGAGCGUGAGAAAGGCAAUGAAUUUUUCAAGCAGCAAAAGUAUCCAGAGGCUGUAAAGCAUUAUACAGAAUCUCUGAGAAGGAACCCUAAAGAUCCAAAGGCAUAUAGUAAUAGAGCUGCUUGUUAUACAAAGCUGGGGGCACUGCCUGAGGGCUUGAAAGAUGCGGAGAAGUGCAUUGAGCUUGAUCCAACCUUUUCAAAGGGUUAUACCAGAAAAGGUGCUAUCCAGUUUUUCAUGAGGGAAUAUGAAAAGGCUCUAGAAACAUAUCAGUUGGGAUUGAAACAUGAUCCUAACAAUGAGGAAUUACGUGAUGGCGUGAGAAGAUGUGUAGAACAGAUUAACAAGGCCAGCCGUGGAGAUCUGAGCCCGGAGGAAUUGAAAGAGAGACAGGCCAAAGGAAUGCAGGACCCAGAAAUUCAGAACAUCCUCUCAGAUCCUGUAAUGAGACAGGUGUUGAUUGAUUUCCAGGAAAAUCCCAAGGCUGCUCAGGAACACACAAAGAAUCCUAUGGUGAUGAACAAGAUCCAGAAGUUGGUCAAUGCGGGAAUUGUCCAGAUUAGAUGAAUUCAAUGAUUAAUUAACAUGAACAAAAGUCUUUUUCAUUUGUUAUAAUUUCCCUGUGUGAAUUGCAGUGACUAGUUAUUCAGUUGUUCAAGGCUACUUUUGGUUGGAAAAUUUUGAAAUGCUUCCCAAGUUAAUAUUGGUCAUUGUGGUUGA